AUGGCGACCCUCAUGUAUUCGAGAUUCUUAUACCAGUGUAAAAUUGCUCCUGUGCUGUGCCGAGGUCCAUACCGACCAUCAAAAGAUGUAGAACCUCGCAUUCAGUCCUUGGCAGCUAAAUAUCUGCCAAAUUUUGUUACUCUUGAAGAACCAUAUCAGUUCCCGGAUCGUCAAUCCAAAAUUAAGUUUCUAAAAGCUUGCAUGAAAGAAUUCGAUCACACAAUUCCUUCGAAUAUUUUACACGAGAUGGAAGAUCUUAACUCGGUUAAAGAUUAUUUCUAUCAGGAAACCGAACCUGAGGAUAAACUCGCUGCUAUGGUGGAGGAAAAUGCAAGAAAGCUUAGCCUCCCAUCUAACCUUGUCAUUCAAGUUGAGCCUAUUCGAUUUGACCCCAACGACAAAUCACUUUUCACAAAAACUGCUUUUCCGGGUAGGUCAACUAUCAUGAGUGGAAUCGAAGAAAGCAAGAAAUACCCUUCAUACAAGGCAUCCAAGGACCGAAGAUUGCGAAUUAACGCAGAGGAUAACGUUUAG